GGAAAGUGGGGGGGAAGACAAAAACCCAGAACAUAUAGGAAGAUGUGGGGAAUAUUGUUAUUUGUGUGUAUUUAUUUGUGUGUCCCAGGGCCCCUUCAGGAGGAGGCGGAGCAGGAUCGAGGAGCAGGCCUCCUUGCCUUGUCGCUCGAGGCUCGACCCAAGACGGCCGCGGGGACGCCCCGUGCCGUCCCACAAGGGGGCCAGCGUGCCCGGCCGCGGGGGAGCAGAGGGCCAGCGGGUCCUCCAUGGCCGCUGCGGGCACUCGCUCGGCGCAGGACCGCGAGAGGGUGGCGGCCGUCGCGCAGAGGCUCCAGAUCGCCAUGGCCCCCCGCAGCGGCGAGGACGCCGCCGCGGCGCGCGAGCCGUCGCUGGCGAACGAGCAGGCCCUGGCGCGGCUGUUCCCGCCGCCGCCCGCCGCGCAGUUGGGCGUUCAAGGAGGCGCCGGCGCGCUGGCGCCGGGCGUGCCCGCCGGCGGCGCGCUGGGCGGCCUGGCGCCGGGGCUGGCGCUGGGCUCCCCGGCGGCUGGGGGGCUGCUGCUGGGAGGCGUGAAGGCGGCCAGGGAUUUCGACGAGGCGACUGGCAGGCGUGGCUGAGCCGUGUGCUUCCCCCCUUUAGGCCUCUUGGAAGGGGCUGGCCCGCCUGCGCGCGCUUGCGAUCGCGAACCGCCACAGCGGGCAUGGUCAGAAAAGUUGC